AUGUUUCACAAAAAACACACGGUAAAGGGUCAGGAAGCGGUAAGCAAGAAAGAAUCUAAGAGAAUUAGAGAAACUAUUUUUGGUUAUUUUGGAAAAGAUUAUUUAGAAUGUUUGGAGUCGUUUUGGAAAAAAAGUGAUGCCGUGACCCAAAUAACUUGGGAUUUUUCGACAGGUGGUUCUGCUUCAUUUUAUUUGGUUAACAAAAUUCCCUUAGUUAUAUCAACUUCUUCUUUACCUGAUGAUUCUAACGGUUUAUUACCAAGGGGUGAGAUCGUUUUUAUUCCGACAUUAUUUUUUCUCAUGAUAAUGAGAGCUUACUACAAAGGUGAAGAUGUCACCCAUACCACAUACUUUGGUUCAAGUGUUUGGACAAGAGGUGCAACGUCAGAGUAUAUCCUAUCGGGAGCACACCUUAUGAUGCCUGGUAUUCUUGACUUAAAAGUACAAAAUGAUAAGCUCCUUCGUGUGGGUGAAAUAGUUUUUAUUUUUACAGCGGGAAUGUCUUGGCCUUAUGGAAUAGGAUUGGCAACAUCAGAUCUUGUAAAUUCAUCUCAACGAGGAAGGGGAGUAUAUGUACUUCAUUCUUACCGUGAUUCUCUAUGGGAUUCUUAUUUUAUGGUAUUUAACACAAGUUGGGCAUCUAUUACUCCUGCAUUACCAGUAGAGUUUCAGGAAACUCUUGUUAAUGAAAGAUUACUGCAAAGUGAAGAUAUUCAAAAUGAAGUUACUAAUGAAGAAAAUGGAGUGGAAAAUGAAGAGAAGGAAAUAUAUGAAGUAACAGAAACAACAGGGUCAGAUAUUUGUGAUGAUGAGGACCUUUUAAUAAAAUCCACAUUAGAGAGGCUUUCUACUGACGAUGCUUUACUGGAUUUUGCACUUUGUGAAGCAAUUAAGGGAAUUACAAAGUCGAUGCUUCCUCUUCCCCUUACUGAAUUUUCUCCACUUUUACUUUCCAAUUAUCCAAGAAUUCCAGGAGAAACAAUGCAAAUUGAUCUUAAACAAACAAAACACAAAAAAAUGCUUUCUUACCUUCGUCUUCGAAGUGAUGCUCUUACUGUUUCUGAAAUCAGUAAGGGUGUUUUUUCUGUUGUGCAAAUAAAUAAAUCUUGUGAAUUAUUUCGUAAACAUCGUUUAGACUACGGUGAAUUCUUACAACAAGUUCAUGAACCUGCAAAAGAAAUGGAAAUUUUAGAAGCUGAACAGCAAGCACUUCGAGAAGGUGGUAAAGGGUAUAUUAAACGACGUAUAGUUUCUAUUGAAACUUUAUUUUCUCCACGAGGUGGAGAUGCCAUGGAAUUAAAACGUAUUAUUUGUACAGGAUUAUUUGAUAAUGAAAUUCAACAAAACUUUCUUUAUUCAAAGGAUAUCGAUAAUGAUUUUUUGGAUGAACUUUACUCGCGGAAAAGUUUGUCUGAAAAUCUUAGAAAAUACAUUAUUGGGAAGGGUCUUUUAAAAAUAGAAGGUAAAGGUGAGGGUUCUCCCUUUGUUGAGUUGACUGGAGCUCUUUCAUUUUUAAGAAAAGAUUCUGUUAGUCAGCUUAGGAUUACAGAAAUUGAAAAUUUUAUUUUUCAACACCUGUAUACUUCUGUACAUCAAAUUAUAAUUGAAGCGAAUCCAGUUAUCAACGGUGUUGUGACAUCAAAGUCUUUUUUUACAAGAAUUACAAGGAGAAACAAGUUACCCAAAAUUCUUAUUUAUACAGAAAAACGACAGGGAAACAAGAUAGUUACAGUAGUUAAGUACUUGGAUACAUACGGUUUUGAUCUUUCGGCAUUGGCAAAUCAAUGGAAGCAGCUAUUUUCAACAUCAUGUUGUGUACAUGAUCCAUCCAAAGAUUUCCAGAAACUAAAGCAGGGAACGAAGGUAACUCUGGAACUUCAUCUUGGAGGUGGAUGGUUGUCUAAGCUUACAACUGUGUUGGAAAAAGAAUUAGGGCUUCCUCAACAUUUGAUCACAGCAGCUUCUAAGUAA